UUUCUUUCGCAGAUGAUGCAUCGCUCCUGCCUCAGGCGCUUUAUGCGCCAAGUCCGGCUGUGCUCCUCCAAGGCAGCCGGAGAACGAAGCUACAAGCUACUUGUUGUCGGUGGUGGAUCAGGCGGCAUCGCCACGGCCGCGAAGUUCGCAUCCAAGCUUGGCAAGGGAAGAGUCGGCGUGCUCGAGCCCCGCGAUACGCACUGCUACCAACCCCUGUGGACGCUGGUCGGCGGUGGCAUCAAGCAAGUGUCCAGCUCCUCCAAGCCCAUGUCUGAUGUAAUGCCCAGCCAGGCCGAAUGGAUACAGGACCAGGCCGAGACCUUUGCGCCGCAAGAGAACACGGUGGUUACCAAGCAUGGAAUCAAGAUCAAGUACGACUUCCUCGUAGUGGCAAUGGGGAUCCAAGUGCGGUUUGACAUGAUUGAAGGCCUGAUGGAAGCGUUAGAGACACCCUACGUGUGUUCCAACUACUCGUACAACACCGUCACCAAGACGUACAAGGUGAUGCAGGCGCUGAAGGAAGGCAACGCCAUCUUCACCUACCCGGCCACGCCCAUCAAGUGUCCCGGUGCGGCGCAGAAGAUAAUGUACCUCACCGAUGCGUACCUCCGAAAAGAAGGUCGACGCGACAAGGUAGACAUCAUCUUCAAUUCAUCCAUGGGUGUCAUCUUCGGUGUGCGAAAGUACGCCGAUGCCCUCUGGGAUGUAGUAAAAGGACGUGGAAUCACCGUAAAUCUGAAGCACGAGUUGGUCCAGGUGCUGCCGAACAAAAGGCAGGCCAUCUUCCGCCUGCUAGACAGCACGGCCAAUCCGAAAGAGAUGGUCACGUUCAAAUACAACAUGCUGCACGUGGUGCCCCCGAUGACGCCCUCGGCUGUGCUCAAGACGGCACCCUCGUUCACCGACAAUGCCGGAUACCUAGACAUCGAUGGCGAGACGCUGCAGCACAAGCGCUACGCCAACGUGUUCGGCAUUGGCGACUGCACCAACAUUCCCACGUCCAAAACAGCUGCCGCGGUUGCUGGAGAGCUCGGGAUACUGCGCAAAAACCUCACAAACGUGAUGGAAGGCAAGGCACCUACCAAAAAGUACAAUGGCUACACGUCAUGUCCGCUGGUGACCAGCUACGACAAGUGCAUCCUGGCAGAGUUCGACUCUAAAGCGGAACCACUCGAAACUUUUCCAUUCAACCAGGCCAAAGAGCGCACCAGCAUGUUCUACAUGAAGAGGGACAUGCUUCCCUUCAUCUACUGGAAUCUAUUCUUGAAGGGCUACUGGGAAGGCCCCGGAUUUUUCAGGAAGGCGAUGCACUUGGGAUUCUCAAAAUGAAGCGUCCAUUUUUCGUUCCCUUGUUGUAAGCGUGUCGCUAGAGUGCUGCGUAUACGUUAAAAGAAUGUUUGCCUCAA